AUGGCUGAUGAAAGUAAUGAGAACAAGAAAGAAGUGAAGGAUGAUGAGCAAGAAAUUCUUCGUAGGGUCUUUAAUAUCCUGCGUGAAAAUAGUCCGGAGCUUGUUGGAAUUUGGCUUCUUACAAUUAUAUGGCCACCACAAGUUCUUCGUGAAGAGACAGCGAAAGGCACAAAGAAGACAGUCUUUGUCAACUUUAUGGACUAUUGCAAGACGAUGCAUCGAAACCCUGAUCAUGUUAUGGCGUUCUUGCUUGCUGAGCUGGGUACUAGGGGUAAACUUGAUGAUCAGCAAAGGUUGGUUGUUAGGGGGAGAUUUACACAGAGGGACUUUGAAUCGUUAUUACGAGGAUAUAUCCUUGACUACGUCAUGUGCAUUCCUUGCAAGAGCACAGAGGCAAUUCUUUCAAAGGAGAAUCGUCUCUUCUUUUUGAGAUGUGGAAAGUGUGGAUCAGGACGACCUGUGGCGCCAAUCAAAAUCAAUUUUGGUCGCAGGUAGCUCAAGUGAUUGAUAUAUUGGUAGCUCAAGUGAGUAGAGAGUAGUCGUCUUUUCUUGAGAUGUCUAAUUACUAAAGAACAUGUUUUGGAGUUGUGAGGUCAUGCUUUUCUUCUUCUCCUUCUUAUUCUGCUAACUUGCUAAUGCUUUGACUUGACUUGGAUUUUGCCGGCACAUUUAUUUUUGAGCAAUUAGCUUCCCUUUGAAUAAACAUAUGUUUUUCCAAUAACUAACCUUCUCUAAAUUUUCUUUACACCAUAUAACAUUCAUUUAAUUCGAUAAACAACAUUCUUAAAAGAAUAUGACCCUUUUAUUAUUUAUAAUGUAAAUUACCAUAAACCAAAAUCUAUAUCAAAGUAACUAACACAUU